AAAUUACUCAUUACUCGUUCGGAGUCGUUCUCCUCCAUAUCUUUACGCCCAAAAAUCGCACCUCUCCUCCUAACCCUAGCAUCAUCCGUCGCACCUCUCCGACCUCCGCCCAGUCUUCCGCCUCUAGUCUCCUCCGCCGGCCUCCACCUUCGAGACCCAUCAAAGUGCAGCUCCUCCGCCUCGAAGUUCAGCUCGAAGUUCUCCUACAUCACACCAUUUUCACCGUCUCCGAUUUCUUGAGUCUAUUUCCGGUCAGUCUCGAAGCCCAUUAUAACUUAUAAUAAUAAAAAAAAAAACCGGGCUGGCCCGCGGAGCCCGCAGCCCGUGGUGGGGGCGGGUUGGGCCGGAGCCGGCCUUCCCCGCCCUGCCGAAAGGCGGGCUUCGGCGGGUUACGGGCCGGCCCGCACCGCCGGCCCGUUUUGACAGCUUUGCAUCCAUUGGCUUCGAUGGGGCUGCAAUGCAAUACUAUUCCUGAGACGCAAGGAGUAAAUAUGAGAAGUCGAAAACUCUAGGGGCAAUAUGUAAAAUUCAACCUGAAAUCCGUUGCGGUUUAUUCCAAGGGUUCUCCAUCUCAAGUGGCGGCAAUUUUUUCCUCGCCCCGCCGCUCCCCUCCGUCGUGAGCUUGCGUGAUUACCAGAUGGCCCUCAACGUCGACGGAGAGUCGCUGCCAAAGACUGAAAACGAGAAUCAAGGAUCCGAAGAGCCGACGAAGAUCAACCAAAAAUCUCUGAGGAAGUGCCGUCGGUCGGAGGACCGCGAAGCUCGACGGAGAGAGAAGAAAAUUAGAGGGACAUUGUUGGCUGCCAGUUUUCCGAGCUAUUGCCUAAGGCAAGGCAUCGGGGAUUUGCAGUGCUUUGGCGAAAAACACCGUUCCCAGCACCGGAAGAGGCUGUGGCGGCUCCUUUACAAGCUCCUCCUGCGGCACAGUUGGGCAGAGGCGGGCGGCGUGUUGAGUGUCUUGCUCCAGGCUACUGCUGCCGACAGAUCCCCCUCCGUAAACCGAGCCAAGUAUUCGGCUGCAUUGGAGCUGCUUGUUAAAAUAAAAGACAAAACUGUGAGCUCGAGGAGAAUACAAAGUGUCUAUGAGCUAUGGAUGAAAAAGCUUGGAUCAUUGCAUUUUAACUGGUCAACAAUUAUCUCCCAAGAGAAAUUUGCAGUGGGAUGUGAAUUCACUCUUAAUUGUUUACAACGUGGGAAUAUAGAGGAUGCAUAUCAAACUGCUCUUUGUGCCAUGCAGGAGAAAUGUUUUGAUGGUCACCCUCUUGCAAAUUUGGUGGUUGGCUUGACAUUUUAUGAGUUGUGGUAUUCUGAUGUUCCUAAGGAGUUACAGAUGACAAAGGUGGACUCAUCUGGCACAUACGUUUACCCAGAAGUUCCUGGUGAUGGCAUUGGAAUGCGAAUGGAUUUUAGCAAGGGUAAUGAUGCUCUAGAAGCAGAAGAAUCCAAUUCUGGCUCACAGUGCGAUUUGAACACCUCAGUGGCCUUUGAUAAAGUAGUUGAAAACAGCGAGAGCCAGCAGAUAGGACCAAUGGACAUUGAUGAUAAUGUGAAGAAGGAAACUUCUUAUGCCAGUUCUCAAUCAUGUAAGUCGGGCAUGGAGUCAGCCAAGGCAGGAGGAGAUAGCGAGCAUUCCUUAUCUCACUAUAGUGGUGACCUUCCCAGUGUCUCUAUCUUCUACACCAGAGACCUUCCGCCCUGGCUGUUGCCUAUCAAACUGCAGAGUUCUCAUGAAAACUUGGAGGAUGCCUUGUACACUCACAGAAAAUUGCAUAACAACCACUACAAGAGUGCAUUGAAGCAUUUACAUGUUGCUCUUAACUCAACACCACCAGUUGUUGAGGCGCUCCAUCCACGGAUACAGAUGCUACUUCUUGGAGAUCAGGUCCAGGAGGCCAUUGAUGAACUUGAAACUUUAUCUCAUAGCUCGGACUCGGUACUCCUACUCAGACUGAAAGCAAGUAUCUUGGAGCAUUUUGAUAGUGGCAAUUUUGUCAAAAUUUAUACUUGCUAUGAAGACAUCUUGAAGAAGGACCCAGCAUGCAGUGACUCCUUGGCAAGACUUAUAUUAAUGCAUAGCGGAGGAGAUUAUGACACUCAGAGUUUGGUGGAGAUGAUAGCCUUGCACUUGGAGGCCACAUACGGAUCAUGCGAUACGUGGCGCGAAUUAGCAUCUUGCUUUUUGAGACUUUCUCAAUGUCAAGAAGACAGGAUUUCCACCUGUGGUGUUAGCAGUGAUGGGCACGUUCAAGGGCGUCUAGGACAUUCUAACACGAAUCCAGAGUUAUUUACUCACGGUGAAUCUGGAAAAACCUGGAGAUUUCGUGCCAAGUGGUGGUUGAGCCGCCACUUUAACGAUAGAAUCCUGAUGUCAGAUAUUUCAUCAGGUGAUUUGAAGCUUUUGACAUUCAAAGCAGCCGUGGCUUCACAUAUUUACGGACGACAUUUUAGAUAUGUUGUGAAGGCGAGUGAGUGUAUAGAGAAGGAAAAUGAAAAGGAACUGUAUUCUUUACUACAGAUGAACAUUCUUAAUUCUGUUGGGUUUUAUUCUGCAGCAAGGAAUAUUUGAUAAUGUGUUUUGCAGUUUGUUUGAAAAAUCCUUCCUACCACAGCACCAGUGAACUACACUUCCCUGGUCACUUGCUCAAAUACAAAAUCGUCCAGCAAAAUUUAUGUUUAUAAAAAAUUAUCCACCGAUGUUUUCAAACUCGGCUUGGUAACGACCCAGACUGCCCUCUGGAUCACUGGCCGGUUCACAUAAACGAG